AGGGUGACGGGAAUACAACAUGGCGCGCUGAGGGCUGGGCCAGGAGGCGCUCAGCGGUCGGGAGGGGGCCUGGCCGCUCUCUCGCUCACCCCGAGACCUGCAGGCGAGCGCAGGAUGAACAAAUAUAAACCCAUUGGUAAGAUAGGAGAGGGAACAUUUUCUGAUGUUCUGAAGACACUGAGUCUUAGGGAUGGAAAGUACUAUGCAUGUAAACACAUGAAGCAACAUUUUGAAAGUAUGGAACAAGUGAAUAAGCUGAGAGAAGUACAAGCACUAAGGAGGCUGAGUCCACAUCCUAAUAUCCUUAUGUUACAUGAAGUUGUCUUUGAUAAAAAAGCUGGCUCCCUUUCACUGAUAUGUGAACUUAUGGACAUGAAUAUUUAUGAGCUGAUAAAAGGAAGGAGAAAGCCAUUACCUGAAAAAAAAAUUAAGAACUACAUGUACCAGUUAUGCAAAUCUCUUGAUUACAUACAUAGAAAUGGGAUAUUUCACAGAGAUGUGAAACCAGAAAACAUAUUAAUAAAGCAGAAUACUCUGAAGUUAGGAGAUUUUGGAUCUUGUAGGAGUAUCUAUUCUAAGCAGCCACAUACAGAAUAUAUCUCUACACGCUGGUACCGAGCACCUGAAUGCCUACUUACAAAUGGCUACUAUAGUUACAAAAUUGAUCUGUGGAGUGCUGGCUGUGUUUUCUAUGAAAUCACAAGUUUUCAGCCUCUCUUUCCUGGAUCUAAUGAGCUGGACCAAAUUUCAAAAAUCCAUGACGUUAUAGGCACUCCCACUAACAAAACUCUCAACAAGUUAAAGCAGUCAAGAAUUGCAAGUUUUGAUUUCCCCUUUAAAAAAGGAAAAGGAAUACCUCCUCUUGUGCACAAUUUGUCUUCCAAAGGCUUCUCUCUCCUGUAUGCAAUGAUAAAAUAUGAUCCUGAUGAGAGAAUUGCUGCCCAUCAAGCAUUACAGCACCCUUAUUUUCAAGAACUCUGGGCAGCUGAUACGCAAGCUUUGGCCACGCACAAAAAAUUCAGAUUGCUAGGAAAUACAGCAGGGCAAGUACCUCUGCAUUUGUGGCAAAUUUCAAAGGAAAGUCAAAGACAGUUUUUUCUUAGGAAAGUCCAGGAAAAAACAAAACAACACGCAGCUCCUCGUGGAGAAUUAGCAAAAUUAAAUCUUUCUGAAGUAGCCAAAUUGACUUCCUGCCCUACUCCUACAUUGCAUUCAGUUUUCCGGGCACCUGAGGCAAGUGGUGAAACCCCUGUGUUACCGCCUGUUAGAUUUAUUGGAUCGGAUACCAAGGUACAGACCCUAACUUGCUCGUUAAAGUGUAAUAGCAAAAAUGUGUUUUACACAGUGUAUUUCAAAAUCCUGUUGUUUCCUCAACAGUCUGAGAAACAGAAGGUGCUUAAGUCUUCCCCGAAACGUUUCCACUUACCUGCUAUAGACCGAAGAGGAGGAGGUUACUGACCACCUUGUAAAGUAUUUGGCGUGUGAGGAAAAGCCACGACUGCCCAGUGAGAGACCAAAUCAUGCUUCUGUUGGUAGAGAUCUAACAAGAACAGCAGCGCCUUAUUUUGCGUUUCUCUGACAAUUGAUAGGAAAACCCCACAAGGUUAUGAGGGCUGCUUACCUGCCAUUUUGCUAUUCUGUUCCUGAAGGGUAACGCUAUUUAAUUAAAGGAUUGUUCUGGCAGAGCUUAGAGAUCAUCUGUAUAGAACUUUCUAAGCAUUUUUUUUCCUUUUAGAACCCGGUGGAGGAGGAGGUUGGUUAAAAAUAACAUGAAAGGAUUCUUUGAGCUUCAGUAUUAGGAAUGGAAUGUUAUCUACAAAAUAUAAGUUUUCAUGUUAUAUUGUAAAUGACAGCUUUUGUAUAUUUUUUAGAUGUAAAAAAAUUUUAUUUUUCAGUCAACUCUGGAAAGUACUUACCUCCUAGAUUUAAUAACUUCAACCUCAAGUUUUAUUGAGAAUGUGCAGAUUACGCAAUCGUAUGAGGUACUUGAUUUUGAGGCAGUUUCUGUAACUGCUGAAUAUUUUUACGUAAGUAUAAUAUAGCUAAAAGCUGAAGCAACUUUUUAUUUGAUUCAAAAGCAAAUAAAACUUAGUCAUAGUUUUCUUCAAGCCAUUGAUCUUAAUAAAAAGUUUUAAGAGGGACUGAUACCUCAGCUAGUUGCUUAAAAGAGCAGUAAAGGAACGUAUCUUCUCGUGGUUCAGAAAUUUUGCACACACAUCAUCAGUAACAAUUUUAUAUAGGGUUACUGUUUGGUAGUGCUAUAAAGGGAAGAGUUAAAAGGCAGCGUUUUUAUCUUACGUGGAAAAAGUAGUUAUUGCAAUUUGAUACCAUUGAUUUUAAAACUCCUGAGAUCUCCUAAAAUUUUGCAAUAGUUAAUUUGCAAUACUUCAGUUUGGGGAUGUGUUACAAAAUAGUUUUGCUAUUUAAAAAACAAGUAAAUUUGUAGCUGGGGGUUUAAAAAUCUUCUGCCUACCAAGUGUGCAUGCAAGACAGGUUUUACAAAAAACUUUGUUGUUGUUGUUUUUUAAUAGUUCUAAAAGUUACUCUGCUCAUAACUGGGAAGUGAUCAGCUUUUUUUCUCAGUAACCAAACACCUCUGUCUGCUGCUGUUCAAAAUUUUCUGUCCGACAAAAAAGUGAAAAACCAAGCAAUGGUUGACGAGCGAAAGCAGGCAAGGGGCACGCUGUAUUAGACGUCACUGCUGCACCUGAGGCACUAUGACAAAGCAAAGAAGAGAGGCAGCGCACUGGGUAGCGGAUCAUGUUAAAGUUACUAAGCCAAGCUUCCAGCAUCAAUUUGAGAUUGAUGCUCUAAAUCCAGACAAACCAUUUAUUCUAAUCAGUUCAGAUGCCGCUCAAACAAUGCAGUAACAAUACACAUUAAGAUUUUAUAAAAAUACUGGUUGUGUAGAAUAAAAGAUAUGCCCAUUAUGCGCUCACUUCUCCUUCUGAGAUUUUACUGGGCGAUGCAUUUGUGAAAAUAAUGAUUUUUCUCACUCAUUUAGAGGUUUUCCAGUAGUUGCCUUUUUUGGGGUGGUUGGUUGGGUUUUUUUAAGGAUCAGUGUCUCAACACUGGCAGGAUUCUGUUGUGACUGCAUUAGAAUCCUAUUCCUUGUUCUACUGUUCAGCUUCUGGAUAACUUCAGGCAUGCCCAAAUUCCACAUUGUAGCUUUUCAGUGUGGGGAAGCUCACGACACUCUAGAUCUUGAUGAAUCCUUUUGAGAUUUACUGCUUAAAAGUACCUGUCUAUCUUAGGUUCUUCCCGUGUUGAAGAAGGUACUAUUUUCACAUACUGUACUGAGGAUCAACAUGACAUUUACUAGCAGAUUUUUUAACGUGAAAAUAUCGGCAGGCUAAAUGUUUAUGGUGCAUACCAUGGGAAUCAUUUUUUGGUAUUGAUUCAGAUUUGACUGUCUGAGUCGAGUAUCUUGCACCUGCAUCAUGGGCUACUGUACCUUUGCUCAUUUUAUUCCAUUUCUUCACAGCAAACUUGCAGAAUCUCACUAGCAAGAAUUUAAAGACAACCCAGUCCUGGCAAGAAUUCUUGUAAAAUAAGGCUGUAGCAGAUGAUCAAGGCUUUGCAGGGAAACCUGUAUUGCUGCUACUCGUCCCACCUAUGCCAGAGGAAUCGCAGAUUUCUCUUACUAGGACCAAAUAAAUACGGAAGCAGAGCUUUAGUGGAAGAACUGAACGUCAUAAUAAAGGGAGAAUUAAACAGCAGAACAUAACGGUAUAACUAAUGGCUCUUUCUCAUUUUAUUGAAACUCAUUCUGGAUGGAUGCUGUCUUUCCUCCAGUUCGAAGCAGAAAAUACGCUCCUGACCAUGGUGUCUCAACGUGCAGUGGGGGGGCACAUACAGACAGAGCGACUGCCUGAGUUUUACUGCUCCGUUACAGUUAAUCAUCUCCACGCUUUGACAUGCUUUCAUAUUAGCAACUCAUACUACAAGAACAGAUAGAGAGCUUCAACAAUAAGGCAAUACAGCAUUUGUUUGAAUACCUAGCACAUGGGGGUGUACCUGUGUGUGUGCGUGCAUAUAUAUAUAUACACACACACACACACACAUAUGUAUAUAUAUAUAAAAAAGAAAGGGGUGAUGCUAAACUUAGGAAAGGGGAUUAAGGACUGCAGGUCUACAGGCAACACAGUGUAACCGGUAACCUCUGAAUUCUUACCUUUGGAAUUCUGAGCAAAAGGUGCCAUCAGCUUACCCAGGUUUUUUUCCAGAAAGGAAGAUGCUGAGUUGUUUGGUGUUAAUAUAUUUGGAGUUGAGCAUGGUGUGCAGCAGUAAAAAUGAUGGUCUAAAAAUAGGUAACUUACUGUGUCUGAGCAAUCUUGCUCUCCACAGUUAUUAAUUUCUUACAGGAUGAAAAAAAAAAAAAGACAAAUCCUACUCCCCCCACUUUGGACUGAUUGUUCAGACUCAGAGCUCUUUUACGUAGGCCAAGGUUCAUAUUUCAAGAGUAUGUUCCUGAUGGAGGUAUGUUAAGUCUAUUGGUAGCUUCCCAUAAUAAUUUUCUGGAAAUCUCAAAGCACAGAUGCUGAAGUUAAAAUAUUUCCAUUCAACAAUUCAACUAAAAAAAAAAUAAAGAUACCUCAGAUCCUG